AGCACACACAUACAUGACUGAAUGUUAGUUCAGCACCUCUUUGUCUUGAUUGGAUGCUGAAGGUCCACAUCAUUUGGAUAUUUUAGAGCCUGGGCACCAAAGAGAGCAGCCUUUCUGAGCAGAUAUUUUAUUGGAACUCCUGCAGUGUAAUGCAAAUUGUUCUCUUCUGAUUUUGAAAAAUAAGAGUCUUUAAAAAAAAAAAAAAAAAAAUUAAGCCUUGCUGCACAGAACACUUUUUUUUUUUUUAAAUAUAAAACUUUUAUUUUCUUUCUGUAAAAGACUCUUGUGAGAAAGCAGAUUUUUCAGGUCCAAGUGAAUUAAUUAGUGGUUCAAAUUCUAGAUCUUUUUAGGCUUUAAAUAAUUACACUUUUGCGUAAGUUUUGUGGGAAAGACAAAUUUGUCAGACUUAUAAAUGAGCUGAAGUCACUUCUGACCUGCAAAAAUACAAUGCCAUCUACUUAUGCACUGGUUUGUGUUUUGUAGCCAUGCAGAAAGCUUUAGAAAGUUUUCACUGCAGCAGGAAUACUGUCAAAGCUAAGGUCUGGACACUUUUUAAGCAUUUUGUUGGCCUUCCAGGAGAGCAAAUUUAAGCUUUAAGAGGAGACACUACCUGGGCUUCAAAAUGGAGGAAUCUAUUCCUUUCAUAUAAAACGGCUGUGGUGGUCUGUUUCCUGGAGUUGCGUGCAUAGCAUAAAAUAUUACUUAGAUACGAGUGGCAUGGGUUCAUGACUAGCAGGUUCCACUUCAGGUUUUAUUUCUCUGUGGUAAUGAUAGGGGAGUUUUUAUUACAGCUCAAAAUGGUUGAUACCCACUAGAUGGUGCUGUGCUGUACAAUAGGGUAAAGUGGACUAAUGUUUCCAUUAGACUGAAACAAGUUUCUGGAAAUACUCAUGAAUGUUAUUGAUGAAUGCAUUAUGCAGUGCUAUCUGUGUUUUAUCCAACUGCACUGCACAUUCUUUUCUCCACAUGACUAUGAGUUAACCAAGAGCAUUCAGAGUGUAUUCCCACCUCACGCCCAGCGUGGAAUACAAUCUGGAUUCACAGCAACUCUGACCAGGAUAAACUGCUUAGAAAUUAAUGAAAUUAACAUUUAUCUAUAAUAAUAUAAUAGAAUAAAAAAUGUCAAGGCGUAAGUGGAUAAAAAAGUUAAGGAAACUUUAAGUGUUAAGGAAAAAAGUGUACACACCCCUGUUAAAAUUGCAGUUUUUAGUUGUUGUUCCUCUUUCGGCUGCUCCCGUUAGGGGUCACCACAGCAGAUCAUUGGUCCGCCUGUUUUAUUUGGCACAGUUUUUACGCCGUAUGCCCUUCCUGACACAGCCCUCCCCAGUUUUAUCCGGGCUUGGGAUCGGCACUGAGAGCGCACUGUUGCCAGUGGCUGGGAUUGGUUCCCUGGCUGGGAAUUGAACCUGGGCUGCAGCAGUGAGAGUACUGUGGCCUAACUACUAGUCCUCCAGCGACCCAAAAUUGCAGUUUUUAGUGAAGUGAGAAAAUGAAGCCAAGAUAAAUCAUGUCAGAUGUUUUUCCACCUUUCAUGUCAUAUAGCAACAAAAUUAGCUAAAUUAAACAGCCAGUGUGCUGGUGGGACAAAAUUUCUGCUGUCUUUAGAGCAUUGCUGUGUCCAGGGAUGUAAAGUAACAAACUACUGUAUGUGUACUCUUGUUACAGUACUUGACUUCAUGGUUCACUGUAAUGGCACUUUUUUAAAUUAAAUAAUAGUACUUGAGUGUUUCAUAAAUAUUCAACUUUGCUGUGCUGUUACAGGCUAAAAAAUAUUCAUUUAAACCCAGAGGACUGUAAGUCAAUUAAAAAACAGUAUGCACAAACUUUAAAUAAUUUAAUUUCAAGACCCAAUCAAAGCAAAGCAGUUUCCUUCUGAAAGUCUACUCUUAAGGCAUAGGGUUGCCCCCCACCCCAUCAAGAAUCAGCACCCCAUCAAGAAUCAGCACCCCAUCAAGAAUCAGCACCCCUGCUUUGAAACAUGAAAUAAUAGCCAGGUAAUAUUAUGUUUAGUUAUAUACUGUUGACAAAUGAGGUGGUGCCAUUUUAGCUUUAGCAUAGCUCACAUGGUUAGCUAACAUAAUUGUUCAAAAAUGCAUUUCUCAGAUAUAUAACAUUUUGCAAUUAGUUAUCUCAGCUGGGGAGAUAUGAAAAAGAAAUUUACUCAAGUAGUUUUUCACCAGACAACAUAUUUAGCAGGGGUACUGUUAAUAGCCCAAAGGUUAUUAUUUUUCAAUAUCAGAAUAUUCCUACGUGAUUUUUUUUGUACCACAGCAACGUUUUAAAUUCUUUAUUAAUCAAUGAAUGACAUGUUGUACUUUUUAUCCAUUUAUAGUGCCUGUUAUCACUUGCAUCACAACAUUGCAUCUCACCUGCAUUGCUUUUUUCUCUUUCCUGAAGUUCAUAAGACAAAAAAAUUCAGCUUGUAAUGUUACCAUGAAAAUUCAAAGCCCUCUGUUCUGAAGACUUUCCCAUGUUGAAAAAAAAUUAACCCUCAUCUGCUCAGUUGUAUCCUGUCUCAGUUGUAAAUUGCUUUGAAUAAAAAUGCUCUGGGCAAUAUUCUGCUGGUCCUUGUGUAGGAUCUUGGGUCCUGGCAUUCAUGUGGAUGUUACUUUGACAUGAAAAUCAAGUACACCGCUUCAUGGUAAUGGUAUUCCCUAAUCGGACUGGCCUCUUUCAGCAGGAUAGUGUGCCCUGCCACACUGCAAAAAUUGAUCAGGAAUGGUUGGAGGAACAUGACAAAGAGAUCAAGGUGUUGAUUUAGCCGAUUGAGCAUCUGAGGGAUAUUCUGGACAAACAAGCCCAAUCCAUGGAGGCCCAACCUCGCAAUUUACAGAACUUAAAGGAUCUGCUGCUAACGUCUUGGUGUUGUUUGAUCUCAAGUUGUUUGAUCAGCCUUAGUGUGAAAUCAUAUCCUGUUUACAAGUUGAGGAAUUAUGCAGGCCCAACCAAAAUGCACCCGUCUCCACCCACACCUGUGUAAAGGUUUUACACACUGUACAGGUUUAUGUAGUGUAUAUAGCAACAGCAUUAUGCUUAAUACUGUUUUGAAAUCUGAAUCUGAAAAAAAUACAGCUUUAAUUUACAAAAUUUUGUGCGAGUUUUGAAGGGAGUUAUGGCUGGAUACACGUCAAAACCAGACACCCACCUUCUACAUCCACCAUAGUAUGCUGAAGCUCCAGUUUUGUCUGUGUUGAGUGACAUAUUAAAAAUGAAUCAGAGAAGGCGGUGCGUGGUAAAGAAUUUUGCAGUUUGUGCAACUGUAGGUGAAAUAAUGUAAUUGAAAUCUACAGUAUACUUACUCAACUCAACUCAACUUUUAUUUAUAAAGCACUUUCAAAACCAUUAAAAUGGACCAAAGUGCUGUCCAUAGAUAAUAAAAAUACUAAAAUACAUGAAAACAUAAAAUAACAAGAAGACAUAACAUCAGGAAAAGCAUACAGCCAAUCCUUCACAAUUCUCCGACCUAAUCAAACGCCAAAAGCUUGAUAAAAUAAGUAGGUCUUCAAGUCCUUUUUAAAAAUGUCCAUGCUUGACGAGGAUUUUAUAGAUAACGGUAACACAUUCCAGAGUGCAGGAGCUGCAACAGAAAAAGCGCGGUCUCCACUACGCCUCAACCGAGACCGUGGGACAGUUAGGAGCAUAGUUUGAGAGGAACGCAGAUGACGUUGAGAUUGGUAAGAGAUUAACAUGUCCUUUAUAUACUCAGGAGCCUGAUUGUACAAUGCUUUAUAGACAAACAUUAACACCUUGUAUUGUAUCCUGUAUUUUACAGGUAACCAAUGAUCUCGUUUUCUGGUGUUUGUCAGAAUUCUUGCAGCAGCAUUUUGGACGUACUGAAGACAAGCAACCAGGGAUUCACUUAUGCCUAGAUAAAGUGCAUUACAAUAAACCAACUGUGUGGCAAUAAAGGCAUGCAAAACAGUCUCCAAGUCCUUGUUUGAAAGGAUAGGUUUCAGUUUAGACAAUUUUCUUAACUGAAAAAAAGAUGUUUUCACAACGCUGUUAACUUGACGAUCAAAGCGGAUUUCAAAAUCGAAAAUUACUCCAAGAUUCUUCACAUAACUAUUAUUGGACAACCGUCCAUAACUUUCAAUCAGGUCAUUUCCGGGUAGUGUGUUCCCAAACAUAAUAAACUCAGUCUUAUCCUCAUUUAGUUGUAAAAAAAAAUUAUUUGCUAGCCAUCCCUUUACCUCAGUCAAACACUCAUAAAAAUUAGCAAAAGAUGUACAGCCAUCUCAUUCCAAAGGAAAAUACAGUUGUAGAUCAUCAGCAUACAAGUGAUAAUUAAUAUUGUAUUGCCUAAAAAUUGACCCCAAGGGUAACAUAUAUAAUGAAAAUAAAGUCGAACUGAGAAUUGAUCCCUGAGGAACCCCCCAAGUGAUAGUCGCAGAUGACGAAACAUAAUUUCCAAUUUUAACUGAGCAUGUCCUGUCCUGCAGAUAGGAGGAAAACCACUUAAGGGCUACACCCUUAAUCCCAACAUAAUCUCUAAGGCGUUCUAUUAAAAUCACAUGAUCUAAAGUAUCGAAGGCUGCACUUAAAUCUAACAUCAUUUAGGCAACACUUUUCCCAGAGUCAAUACUUAAAAAAUAUCAUUUGUAACCUUUAAUAAUGUUGAUUCUGUGCUGUGUUUGGUCCUAAAUCCAGACUGAAAAAUAUCCAUUAUGUUGUUUCCAAUCAAAAAUUCAACAAGUUGAUUAUGGACAACUUUCUCUAAAAUCUUAUUCAUAAAAGGCAAUUUGGUAAUAGGCCUAAAAUUUUUAAAAUCCUGUGAAUCUAAGUUCAUUUUCUUUAAGACUGGUUCAAUAACAGCAUACUCUGGAUUUAAAUAAUUAUGUAGCUGUCAAAAUUAUUUAUUCUAUUCUGACGUUCUUUGGGAUCUACUCACUGCAGUGCUGAACACAGCUGUAAUAAGCUAAGGGAUAGGUUGAGCAGCGAUUGUUUCUUCUGGAGGAUCUUAACACUGUGUGGUUUAGUGUUGUGCCCAUUCCUGCUCUUGAAGAUUCACAUUCCAGCAGAGAUUCAAAUCUAACAGAACUGAGUCUGACAUUCCUCCUUCAAACUGGAUUACAGUUAGAGCUACACUUUGCAGUAGUGUUGUUACAAUACAGUAUAUGAAUGGGUGAUUAUCUAACCAUUAACUUUUGCAAAAAUGCAGAGUAAAAUGGGUAUCCAUCUUUCCUUUUUUUUUUUCAACUCAUUUUGUUAAAGCACACUGCCUUUCCUCACAACCACUCUCUCUUUUAGCUUAUAAUGACCAUGUGAUAAAUACCCACAAUGUAAGAGAUUUUUUUUGGAAGAGUCAUUUUCAAAAAUAUCUUUUCAUUUGGAUUGAGCUAUUUUUAAAUUGAACAAUUUUCUGUUCUACAAAAUCAUAAAUUUUUAAUUCAUCUUCAGUAAAUGUUUUAUCCAUGUCAGGGUUAUGGUGGAUCCUAAGACUAUCCUGGAAGCAUUGGAUGUAAGGAAAGAAUACACCCUGGACAGAAUACACACAUACAUUCCCCCACUUGUUCACACAUAUGGACAAAUUAGAGUCACCAGUCCAUCAACUGGCAUGCUAUUGGGAGGUGUUAGGAAACCAGAGAGCCUGGACACUAUUAGUUCUUUAGUAGUUUUUCACGUCCAAGUGAAUUAAAAGUUUGAAAUUUUAGGGAUUCAAAAUCCAGAUCAUUUUACAACAUGUGAACUCUUGACACACUGGGUACGACUAAUAAUCUGCUGAAUCACUGUGACCAAGGCUAUAAAUACACCUUUGUGUAAGUUUUGUGGGAAAGACAAAUCUAUCAAACUGAUAAAUGAGCUGAAGUCACUCCUGACUAGCAACAUACAAUGCCAUGUAUGUAUGCAAUGGUUUGUGUUUUGCAGCCAUGCAGCUCAACCCUGAUCUGAUCUUUUAAUAAAUAAAUGCUGUAAGUCAAGCCAUCAGAAUGUAUUGCAUGGGCAGAUAUUAUUUUUCUUCACUAAGCCACUGUUUAUAUACAUAUUACAUAUAUUACAUACAGCAUGCCUUAUUUUUCCAACCCCCAGUGCUUGGCGUAAAAAUCUGCUGUUGAUGGGUGGAGUGCUCGGAUAUAAAGCAUGGUGUUGCAGUGUUUAUACAGCAGAGCACUUUAGAAGGAAAGUUUUCACUGCAGCAGAAACAUGGUUAAAGCUAAGGUCUGGACACUUCGGAAGCAUUUUGUUGGCUUUCCAAAGGAGAGUGACUUUGAGCUUAAAGAGGAGACAUUACCUGAGCUUCAAAAUGGAGAGGUCCAACUGGAGGCCAUCUUCCUCAGCCUUGAUCCAUAUAUGAGAGCUGUGAGUUCAACUUUAAUGAAAGAAGGUGAUGUACAGAUUGGAGCUCAGGUUGCAAAGGUACUUCAAAGCCGGAACCCAGCAUUUCCUGUGGGCUGUUAUGUGGUUGCUCCAUGUGGAUGGAGGACACACAGUGUGACCAAUGGCAAAGCAAUUUUUAGCCUUGAAAUGACUCGAGUUCUUCCUGAUUGGCCCCAAGACGUUCCUCUUUCCUUGGCUGUUGGUGCACUAGGGAUGCCUGGUUUGACUGCCCUGUACGGCCUAGAGGAGAUUCUGCAGGUGAAGCCAGGUGAAACUGUUCUGGUGAGUGCAGCAGCUGGUGCUGUGGGUACCAUGGUGGGACAGAUUUGUAAGAUUAAAGGCUGUAAAGUGGUGGGUUCUGCUGGGAGUGAGGAAAAAGUGGCCUACCUGAAGGAGCUGGGCUUUGACUACGUUUUCAACUACAAGACCGUAACAUCUCUGGAUGAGGCACUGAAGCAAGCUUCACCUGAAGGCUAUGACUGCUAUUUUGAGAAUGUUGGAGGUGCUUUCUUUACUGCAGCACUUAGUCAGAUGAGGCCUCGAGGACGCAUUGCUGUGUGUGGUGCAAUAUCGCUGUACAACGCCACCACACCUCAGAUGUGUCCUUUUCCCCACAUGACCAUGCUGGCCAAGAGCAUUAGGAUGGAGGGAUUCCAAGUCAGUCAGUGGCCAGAGAAAGAUGUGGCAUCUGUCAGAAGACUGCUUAAGUGGCUGAAGGAGGGGAAACUUAAGGCCAAAGAAAAUGUCACAGUGGGCUUUGAGAAGAUGCCUGCUGCCUUCAUCCAGAUGCUGAGAGGGACAGAACUGGGAAAAGCUGUUGUUAAAGUGUAAUGACUUUGCUUUUUGUAAUGUCACGUAUAGAAAAUUCAGUGCAUAUUUGCUGUUUUGGACAAUUCAACAAUUUUGAAUACAAGUAAACAAUACAAGUUUUAUGAAAUUUGACUAUUUUUCUGGUGUCUUACUCCCAAGGAAUAAUUUUCAUAAGUAUAAAUAUACAUGUAUACUAGUAAUAUAUGUAUAUGUAUACAAAUAUUUUACUAUGUUGCAAGGUACAGCAGGUAGCAUGGUCCCUGGCUGGUUCAAUCCUGAGCUCAGGUUACUGUCUGUGUGGAGUUUCACAUAUUCUCCAUGUGUCUGUGUGGGUUUCCUCUAGGCUCUGUGGUUUCCUCCUAUCUCCUAAAAACAUACUAAUAGGAGCAUUGGCUAUUCUAAAUUGUCCCUAGUUGUGUACGAGAGUGCAAAUGUAUGUGCAUUGUGUCCAGCAAUGGACAGGCUUCCCAUCCCACUGUACUCCCACCUCGCACCCAGUGUUCCAGGCUCUGGAUCCAACACCACCACCCUGACAAGGAUAAAACACUUACUGAAGAUGAAUGAAUUAAAUACUUUUAUCUUUGUAAUAUAUUUUGGCAAAAAGUAGUUCAUUCUCACAGUUAUUUUUUUGGUUGUAGUUAGUUUAUAUCAUCAUCAUCAUUAUUAACUGAGAAAUAUUUGUUGUUAUUUUGUACUAUUUCCUUCUGUCACCAAAGUUUAGUUUUCAGUACAAGUAAUUACUUACAUAUAGAAAAGAAUAUAUAUAAAAUUAUAUUUAGAACUUUUAUUUGGCCUUCCUUUUGGGAAGUAAGA